UUGUGAACAAUAUCUAGCUGAGAAACCAAAGGCUACAAUUAUUUAUAAGAAUUACUCUUUUGCCCAGCCUGUGUGGCUCAGUGCUUGAAUGUUGACCUAUGAACCAGGAGGUCGGUUUGAGUCCCUGUCAGGGCACGUGCCUGGGUUGUGGGCUCCAUCCCCAGUAGGUGUCAUGCAGGAGGCAGCCAGUCAAUGACUCAUUCAUCAUUGAUGUUUCUCUCUCUCUCUCUCCUCCCUUUCUCUCUGAGAUCAAUAAAAAUAUGUUAAAAACAAAAAAAGAAUUAUUCUUUUGGAGAGGCACUGGGUAAUCGUGUUCACCAUCUUGUAUCUUCAUAUUUUAAAUUGGUGAUACUCCCAAAUUGACCUAUAAAUAUAACUCAGUGUUUUAAAAUUCCUGCUUGUUUUUUGCAGAAAUUGGCAAAAUGUUCCUAAUAUUGAUAUGGAGAUGAAAAGAACCUAAAUAGCCAAAACUAUUGAAAAAUAAUAAAGUCGAAGGACUUAUAUUUCCCAAUUUCAAAACUUGCUACAGACUUACAGUAAUUAAAACUGGUACUCUCAUAAGGUAUAAUGAAGACCAAUGGAAUCAAAUUGAGAAUCCAGAAAUGGACCAAUAUAUUUAUGAUCAAUUGGUUUUCAACAAGUAUAUCAAGACAAUUCAGUGGGGGAAAGAAUAAUCUUUUUCAACAGGUGGUGUUGGACAGCUGGAUAUCCACAUGCAAAAGAAUGAAGUAGGGUCCUUCACUACUACAUAUAUAAAUUUUUAACUUAAAAUGGAUCAAAGACCUAAAUGUAAGAGCUAAAAUUAUAGAACUCUUGGGAGAAAAAACAGGUGUAAAUUUAUAAGUAAGCUUGGUUUAGUCAGACAAUGGUUUCUUAGAUAUGGCACCAAAAGUCAAAGAAACUAGAUCAAUUGGAUUUGAUCAAAGUUUAAAAUUUUUGUGUUUCAAGAAAAUGAAAAGACAACCCACAGAAUGGAAGAAAACCACAUAUCUAAUAAUGUUUUAGCAUCAAACCAAGGCAAAGUCUCUAUUUCCCCCCAUCUUUAAAUUUCUACCAUUUCAUAUCAGUGCAUUGAAUUCCAUUAUCACCACAUAUUUUUAGAGAGAUUUGUGUGUGAUCAUGAGUCCAAUAACCCUCCCUGCCCUCUGCCUACAAAGGAAAUGCUAGAUACAGUCCUUUACCAUUUUUAAGGGAAGAAACUGAAGAUACUAGAUUAAACACUAAAUAAUCUGAAGCUUAAAAACUAUUAUUUAAUAGAUGUCAGGACAAAAUUAUACUUAAUUCACAUUAUAUCCCAGAAUAAAGUACUUAAUGUUGUUAUAUUUUUUUAAUUUACAUCCCAGACCUUCAGUGCUCCUUGUCAUGAGGUUAAUAGAAAAAUUCUUUGUGUGUCAUAUGUCUGUUUUUAGCCAAUCAGAAGCCAGAAUUCUCUUGUAUGUAAUAAUAGGGCUUAUUGUUUGGAGAGGAGCUAUAAGUAGGACUUUUGAGUUUUGACUACAGGAAUAUAGAAUCCUGUCUUUUUAGUUACAGGUUUAAAAAUGUUAUUCAUUCUUAAUGCUUCUUAAAGUAAAAGCCUUUAAUUACUACUUUUACUUUUGAUGAAACAAUUUAAUGGGCUUCAAAGGAAAAUAUUUUAAAAAUAGGAGGGAGAGAGAAUUUUAUGAAUAUGUCUUCAAGGUUUUCUUCAUCUUUACCGAUUUUCGUCUCACCUGAGCCAAUUGACUUAGGUUCUGUAACAAGUUCCUCUUGUUCACUGAAUGAGCUAGACAAUAUUUCCCAUCUUUUAAGGAAAAUAUCAACUGAUAUCAAUGAAAUUAAAGAAAUGAAAACAGCAAUGUUGACAGCGGAAGCAAAUCUUUUUGAUCUAAAAGUUAGAGUGUCACAGAAUGAAGCAAAAAUUUCGUCUUUGGAGGUUAAAAUGAAUGAAUAUUCAACAUCAACAGCUGAAUGCGACAGAGAGUUCAAAGGUCUUCAAGAGGAAGUAGAUUUUGAGUCACAGUCAAGGACUACUGAUGUAAAAAUAAUUGGCUUCCUUAGCAACAUUGAGAAAGGAACUCAGCAGAGGCCGUUACUGUCCCGGCUGCAAAUUGAUCCAGUCAUGGCAGAAACUCUGCAGAUCAGUCCAGCUGAGAUGAGUGAACUGAAUGUGGCACAGAAGCCAGAAAAACUUUUGGAGCGCUGCAAGUACUGGCCUGCCUGCAAAAACGGGGAUGAAUGUGCUUACCACCACCCGAUUUCACCUUGCAAGGCUUUCCCCAAUUGUAAAUUUGCUGAAAAAUGUUUGUUUGUUCAUCCAAAUUGUAAAUAUGAUGCAAAAUGUACUAAGCCAGAUUGUCCCUUCACUCAUAUGAAUAGAAGAAUUCCAGUACUGCCUCCAAAACCAGUUAUAACAGCAACACCAUCUUCUAGUAGUCAGCUCUGCCGUUACUUCCCUGCUUGUAAGAAAAUGGAAUGUCCCUUCUAUCAUCCAAAACACUGUAGAUUUAACACUCAGUGUACAAGACCUGACUGCACGUUUUAUCAUCCUACCAUUACUGUGCCGCCACGACAUGCCUUGAAAUGGAUUCGGCCUCAAACCAGUGAAUGACAGUCCUACCUGGCAGAAGAUCGUGAAGUUUGAAAGUUUCCAUCUACUGAUGAAAAAGAUUCUGUAGAACUUGUCAAAUCUUUGAAACUUGGAAUAUAUUGCUUUCAUAAUAUGAAGUUAUUGCCUAUCUGAAGUACCUAAUUUUUCAAGUUUGUAAGUUUAUUAUGUGGUUUUAACAUUGGGUGUUUUGUUGUUGUUUGCCUUGUUUUGACUGUGGAAAGACAGUUUAAGGAAAAACUGAAUUCUAUUAAAACACCUGGUGUGUUUGUACACUGCUGUUUUGAGUAUCAGCAUGUACAACAUGGUGAUAUUGUCAGUACAGAUAAUCCAGUUUGGGGCUACAUGUUGCUGUGAGUGUCUGCGUGUGUGUGCGGGAGCGUGUGUAUACAAAGAAAUAUAGUGAGGGGAACAUCCUUAUUCCAAAAGUUGGAUUGCUACUUUCAUUUUUUCCAGGGAUUAUAUAAUGUUCAUGAUCCACUAAAAAAGUGUUGAGGUAGUUUAAAUAGUCCAUCCUACUUUUUAAUUUUAAGUGAUUAAGUUUGGCUUCUUAGGUUGCGUGCUGGUUUGGUAAAUGGUUCCCAAAUAGCUAGUCUUUGCCUUCUGGGUGAGGAUGAGUGAGGUGGGCAUGUAGAGUGAAAACAGCUGGAAUGCCAACAGCAAAAAGAAAAAGAACAAUUACUUAAAAUGUUUUUCAUUUACUGUUAACAUAUACUUUUAAAAUAAAUAUUUUGGAGAACUACAUUAUCACAAAAUUAUACAAAAGUUUUUACAAGUAUAUAUACAUAGGUAUCAGAGAACAGACUUGAAAUUCACAAGAUUAUAUAGCUAUACAUAUACAUUCUCCCAUUCUGAAAAACAUUCUCAGAAAUAAUUCCAGAAAAUAUAGUUACUGAAGAUAAUUUUUUAAAUGUAAAAAUUAGAUUUCAGUAGUAUAUUUUAAAUGUCAGACUAUAUAAUUACAGAGAUCAGAUGGAUAAAUUGCAAAGUAGGACUAAACUUUUUGACUACUGAAUUAAAAUACAGUUACGUGUGUUUGUGGUUUUUAAAAUUGUUAAGGCAAGAAGUGUCAAAAACUUUAGAAUUAAACGGAUCGCUGAUUUUAAAGACUUGAUGUACAGUUUUUUAAAAAGUAAAGCUAAAAGUUGGUUAGAAAAAAGCGAAUUAAUGCAAAAGGGAUAAUAAAGACUCAAACAUUCUGACGACCAAAUUAAAUGUAACUGUAAAAAAGUUCAGUGACUUCUUCAAUCACAUCCUCAAGAGAGAAUGAAACCACACGUGUCAACCCAUGUUUAAGAGCCUGAAACCAGCAGUCUGUUUUGUGGCUGCUGCUCUUCCAUUGGGAGAAGAAAGAUAACCGUUAACAAUUUUGUAAGUUGCACUUUGCUGUGCUGAUUCCAAAGUAAAGACAAAGCACAGGAGAGCACAGAGUUGCCAGGGAGGUGUGAGUGAAGUGACCAUUCCUCCUCUUCUAAAAAGUGGGCUCCGUUGAAUUUAAGGCAUAUAUUCAUUCCAGUGUUACUUGAGAUGCUUUUCACAUCUCUGCAGAAGAAAUUUGUUUUAAAUUGUACUUCCAGAAAUUUAAACAGAUAUUUAGCAUCGUUUAUAAAUGUUUUGUAGUUGCAGUGUCAUAAUUCCACUAUAAAAGACAAAAGUGGGAAACAAGGGCUGGUGUGGUUUAGUUCAGCCAUUUUACAAGGAAAUAACAUGCUAAGAUUGAAUUGUUUCUUGCUAGUUAAUAGACAUUGCCUGGAAACAUAUUUAAGAGUUUAAUCUUAUCUUUCAGUUGCUAUGAUUUAUGGGAGAGCUAAGGUUGAUUCUAAAACAUUUGUUGGGUAAUUUGGUCUAAAAUGAACCAUCAUCCAAAAGGAUCACAAAAAAAUGGAAGGGAAAGGGUGUGGCUCACGGUAAGCAGUGCAUGGCACAGGGUGCAGUGUGCUUUGGCAUGCGAUUAUAUACAGAAACAGGGCUAAAGGUGCCAGGAGAAGUCUCAGCUUACAAAUUCAGGAGCAUAGUCAGGUAUUGCGCACACACACACAUAAUUCUCUCUGGGUUAAAAAAAUGAACAGCAGAAUCUCCAUGGUCUAUGGUGGUAUUUCACCUUCCCUUAGUUUGAUGGCUGGUAAAAGCAAAAGAGCAAGGUACUCACGGAUGACUCCUUAAAUUCAAUACGACCUUCAGUCAUGAACUGACAACAGUGAGUAAGGUUGGCUUACCAAGUUGGCCACUUGGAAGAAAAAAUGCAAUGGAAGCAAUUUUAUCCUACUUGCUUAAGGUGAGGAGAGUUUCUAUUUGCAUUGUGAUGGAAAUGGAAUUUCUCUUUAGCCAAAAACCUGCAAACUUGACUGCCAAAAGUCUCAAAAAUGGAGGGAGAGAGGGAUUCAGGGGAUUUUUCCCCCUUUAAUUUGUUGACUGCUCCUUUAUAAUAUACAUGAAUAAAAAUGUAAUACUAGUGUAUUCUAAAAUUUGCCUUUAUUUAGGAGACUGAUGUAAAUAAUGAAAGAAUAUGAUCUUAUGUUUCAAGUUUCUUAAACACCUUUAAUCAGUUCUUUUAACACAGCUAUUCCGAGCUUUAAAACGUGACCAGCUUUAAUCACUGGUUAGGCUUUCUUGCGAUGUAAUUUUGACCAUUUCUGUUUUCAGUAUUUACAAGGCGUUGGACAUACAAAACUAAGAUUUCCAGACACCUGAAGGGGCCUAUUAUGCUACAAAGAUAACACAUUAAAAUAAAAAUUCAUAGGACCAAUAGAGCAUCAUAAUCUUCUUCACACUUAGAAAAAUAUAUUUUUAAAUAUCAGUUUACAUAAUUUCCAAUCUUCAGGAAACUACAGAUAGGCUAAACAGCAUAUUCCUGAAUGGCAAAUACUGAUCUUUGGCAGCAUUUAAAGUGAAUAGGAAUAAAGAUCUAAGAGUUCAGCCCCAACCCACCAAAAAGAAAUAGACAAGUUUGAAAAGUGAACUUGUAUUCAUUCCUUUUGGAAGUUGGCUAUGGGUGGCAUACAUCUAAACAGAUUUUCCAAUUAAAAAAAUAAAAAGCUGUAAAAAUAUUUUUUCAAGAAUUAACUAAAUUGUAUAACUUUGUAAAUGUGAAUUUAACUCUUUAGUUUACAUGUUAAACAUGUUUCUAUUGGAGUAUAUCUUUAAAUAUUCAGUAUGCUCUCCCAUUAAAUACUAUUGCUAUCUAAACCUUAAAAAACAGUACACAGUUGGAAAUGAUUGUUCAUCAUACUACUUUUUCAUUAAUGAGGCUAUAAUUUUAACUUUUCAAAUAUAGAAAUAACUUCUGAAUAAAGAUGAGGAUGGAUAGCUCAAAAAUGAAAAUGUAGCAAUCAUAUGCUAAUAACUUUGGAUUUGUCCCUGUACUACAAAUGCCAGGAGAACACUCAUUUAUAAAAGGGCUUUUCUUGCUGCUGCAGAAGUAGUAUGUCCUCCAGGGAAGUGUGUGUGUGUCUCCUCAGGGAAAAUACGGUUUGCCUUUUAAAAACAUCCUUUAGGGUGAUGGUGUGUUUCCUUUCCUUACAGAAACAUAAGGAUAUAUUUCACUUAAACUGUGAACCACAAACUUUCUAAAAGGAAAGUGUUGUGUUAAAGGAUGAUGAAAAUAAUCCAAGUUGGGUUUUUAAGGUUUUGGUUUGCCUCGCCAGCAGGUCUGCCAAAUUUGCACACUCCCCCCAAAUGGGGGUUGGCUCUCACUAUUAAGUAUUUAUUUUGUCCUUCCUUGAAUUGUAAUUAUCUGGCAGUGUAUGGAUUACAGUUACUCAGUGCAUAUAAUAAAUAUUUUGAACUUA